AUGGGUGAUCUCCACUUCUUCCUUGGAAUUGAAGUUAUACGCUGCCCGAAUGGUUUAUUCCUUAGCCAACACAAGUAUGCGAUGGAUAUAUUAGAACGCACAAAGAUGACUUGUUCCCGUUAUAUUCAUACUCCUCUUGCUACAAAACAUGAGCUUCAUGAUACCGGAGGUCCUCCUGUUGAUGCCUCUGAGUUCCGAAGUACAGUUGGUUCCCUGCAAUACUUAACUCUUAUUCGCCCUGAACUUGCCCAUGCAGUUAAUCUCCUCUGCCAGUUUAUGCAACACCCUUGUGCCACUCAUUGGACUGGUGUCAAGCGAGUACUCCGCUACUUAGCAGGAGCUACACAGCUUGGCCUUCGCAUCACUGCAAAAUCCUCUCUCAAUCUAGUCGGUUUUUUCGAUGCAGAUUGGGGUGGUUGUCCUAUCACGCGAAGAUCAACGACAGGUUUGUGUGCAUUUCUAGGUUCUAAUUGCGUCUCGUGGGCUUCUAAGAAACAAACAACUGUGGCAAAAUCUAGCGCUGAAGCAGAAUAUAGGUUAUUGGCCUCUUUGGCUGCGGAGCUAAGAUGGAUCACAUAUAUACUUAGCGACAUUGGCAAUUCCUUACUCAGUCCUCCUCUUCUUUACACUGAUAAUAUUUUCGCAAUGCACUUGACCAAGAAUCAUGUUCUCCACGCUUGUACAAAACACAUUGAGCUUGAUUACCACUUCGUGAGGGAAAAGGUUGCCCAAGGUGCCAUGGUCACAAAGUUUGUUCCUUCACAGCUCCAAGUCGCCGAUGUGUUCACCGAACCACUGACAAAGGCUCUUUUUUUAUUCUUUUGGACCAAGCUUGGCGUUGUGCAAUUACCCACCUCCAGCUUGCGGGGGAUGAUGAAGAUACAAGUUAACAUAUUAGUGACAAGGGUUAAUCUAGCCGCCACAUAUAUAGGAGAGUCCUAA